AUGUGCUACACUGUGGUACUCAAGCUCCUUGGUAGGCCUAUCGGUUACCAACGACUCCGUGACAAUCUGCUACGCUUGUGGAGAUUUUCCAACUAUUUCAAGUUGUCUGACUUAGAGGGAGGUUGCUUUACAGAAACCUUCACCAACGCUGAAGAUUACCACAAGGCCCUCACCGACGGACCCUGGGUCAUCACAGGACACUACCUCACAGUCCACCCUUGGACACCGGAGUUCUCGCCACUUCACCACAGCAUCUCUCAGGUGGUAGCUUGGAUACGUAUCCCCGGUCUCCCCACUAAGUACUACAAGAAGAACAUCAUAAGGGCCAUUGGAGAAAUCCUAGGGCAGGUUAUAAGGAUAGAUUACAACACAGCCUCUGGAGAACAAGGUAAGUUUGCCAGGAUGGCAAUCAUCUUGGACUUAUCCACCCCCCUGACGUCGAAGAUCACGGUGGAUGGGAAAAGUCUAUUCGUGGAAUACGAGGGCCUACCCACGAUAUGUUACCACUGUGGAAAAUACGGGCAUCUCACUGACACUUGCCCUCAGAAAAACCAAGACCAGAUGACUGAGGAUACCGCAGUUCCGGUCAUGAGACCUCCGGUGGCUGAUGAAGUAGAAGAGACGAAUCCGCACGGCGCGUGGAUGCAAGUUCCAUCCUCACGACGUCGCCCAGCAAGAGAGAUGAAAAAGCAGCCUGACACAGGCUACCUUAAAAAUGUUAACACAGGGACGAGAUUUGACCUGCUGAGAGAAACGGAGGACUUACACAGAAACAACUCUGUCUGUAUUGAGCCAACCACCGAAAACGUCAACUCCUUGCCAGUUUCAACAGACUCCCACCCUGAUACUCACCCUAGACUCCCCAAAGAAACUAAGCCAAAAAACGCAACCAUUCCCCCCAAGACUCAAAAAAAGCACACCUCGAACCCCUCCAAUGAAUCCCUUUUCACAAGCAAAGCCUAUAAGGAGUCAUCCUCGUCUACAGCGCCUGACAACUCCCGCCACACUGCUGUCACCAUCUUGAACCCUAAACCCCCUUCCAAAUCCUCAACCAACCCCAAGACUCUUGGCUCACCAGGACCCACGCCUAAAACAACCCACCACCCGGGAAAAAACAAGGAAAAUAUUCUACCUAAGCCGCCGGACAGAACCUCUCCUAAACUGGGCCUCAAAAUCCACCCAAGCUUGUCAAUUGGAUCCCCCAAGCCCAAAUCCAAAGAAAACCCGCCCACCCUUGCAGAUACAGCACUUAAAGCGAUCACCAAAGCUUUAGACGACCAGUUCUCUGAUAAUGAACUCUCUGAUGAUUCAUUCAGUGACGACGAAUCUCAAAAACACUCCAACAUGGAGUGCUAA